UGGGAUUCUGCCUCUAAUACUCUCCCACCUUCCUUAACCAACUCCACUUUUCUUCAUUUCUCUUCUUCUUUUUAUUAUUAUAUUUGCAUGUUCCUUUCUUCUCUAGGAAAAAUAUGAGUGGAUUGUUUCGAUCCAAAUCUUGUGGAUUCCUCGGAAUCACUGAGUUCGGCCAUGCUCCUCCGAGUCCCUUCUUCCACCAAGCAAAAACCGGCGACUAUGAAGCCACUGACAAAGAAGAAGAGGAACAAGAGUUUGACGACGAAGACGAAGAAGAAAAUGGAUAUGAUGGAGAUCCCAUUGCCACGACGCCGUUUAUAAGCCCCAAGUCGAGAUUUAGUAGUAGUUCUAGUAGUCAGGGUCAAAGCCGUGAUUCAACUUCAAAAGACAAUAACCAAUUCCAGUUCCAGUUCCCUUUUCUGGACAUUUUGGCGGCGUUGUUAAGAAAGUCGCUGGUGACGUGCAGCGUGGAUACCGACGACGUGUCUUCCAUGGAUAUUAGCUUGCCGACUGAAGUCAGGCACGUCUCUCACGUGACCUUCGACCGCUUCAAUGGUUUCCUAGGCUUGCCUACUGAGCUCCAGCGUGAUGUUCCCAGAAAGGUUCCCAGUGCCAGUGCAAGUGUUUUUGGAGUUUCUGCCGAAUCAAUGCAGUGUUCUUAUGAUGACCGAGGGAACAGUGUGCCAACUAUUCUUCUUAUGAUGCAGAAACGUUUGUAUGCAGAAGGAGGCCUUAAGGCGGAAGGGAUAUUCCGGAUUAACGCCGAGAAUAGCCAAGAAGAGUAUGUCCGAGACGAGUUAAACAAAGGUGUAGUACCACGCGGAAUCAAUGUCCAUUGUUUGGCUGGUCUGAUAAAGGCAUGGCUUAGAGAACUUCCUAGCGGAGUACUCGAUUCCCUCACAUCGGAGCAGGUGAUGCACUGCAACACCGAGGAUGACUGCGCUGAACUCGUCAAGUUACUUCCUCAAACAGAAGCUGCUCUCCUUGACUGGUCUAUCAAUUUGAUGGCUGAUGUUGUGCAGCAUGAACAAUACAACAAAAUGAACGCACGAAACGUCGCUAUGGUUUUUGCACCAAACAUGACUCAGAUGGCUGAUCCUCUGACAGCAUUGAUUCAUGCUGUGCAAGUAAUGAACUUCCUCAAGACACUGAUCUUAAAGACACUUGGUGAAAGGGAGGAUUCAGCUGCCAUGGACAGGUUGCUGCCAUUGUAUUCUCCUACCGGCAUUAUCGACAUCCACUCCGCAACCACCACAGACAGUGGGGUAUUCGAUGAGCAAGUUCCCGGUGCAAGUCCAUCUAAGGUAGCUUCCACUGCAAAGCUUUUGCGGGCUGCCACAAUGAGUAGACUGGAAUGUGUCCCUGAAGAGAAACCAUGGACCUCUGGGAGAGGUGAGGGAGAAGAGGAAUUAGAGUCCAUUUCAGGUAACAGCACACCAAGUGCAUGUGAAAAUGAAUGCAAAGGUUGGCACAAUAAUAAGGACCGGCUAAGUUUAAGAAAAGGUGUACUGCGGUUAUGCAGACACUCGGUGUUUCAGUUGAGUAAGUCCAGUAAGAAGACCCGAAAUCUCGGGAUUGUAAAUACUAGACGACGUGGAGAAGCUUGUGUGUGAUACAUCACUAGCAUUUAUCCCAAAAUGUUUAUAUGUUUCUUUUGGAUUGUCGUG